AGGCGGAUAAUUCUCUCUCGUCGCAGUGCCUGCAGGGAGUCCACGUCCAGCAGUGGUCCCUGGGGUCAGGACUGACGUCGGGUUCCCAGUGGCUCUGUUCGAAGCCACCCGAAGUGAAGGUGGUGAGAGAGAUACUCCUCUGAAAGGACGUCGAGGGCGAGUCCUGGGGGCCGGGAGCAACCCUUUGUUUCUGCCCGGCUGAGGGUUGGCCGGGCUGCGUCACGGUUCCCAGCAGAGGCAGCGUGCAGAAUGCAGUUCGUUGGGAGCACGUUGGCCCCGAAAGCAGGCUGGGGGCUGCCCUCAGCGUUUCUGGGGGAGCCUGGGUGUGGAGGCCCGCAGCGCGAGCAGGAGGACCUGCGGACUCGGAGGCGCGCGUCGAGCGCAUCAAGCUGACGUCCAGGAAAAAACUGGCUUCUCCCUCAGCCUCUUUGUCCUGGUUUAAGCGCAUGGCUGCUUAUAGGAGUGCGAUGCCUGCUUUUAAGGUGGACCGGCUGGAAGUCGUGAACAAACAGUCCGUGCGUGUCAUUCCCGCUCCCAGGACUUCGUCCGCGGUGAGGGAGGUCCGUGCGGUGCGACGUCGGCAGUGUGGACAGCUUUGAGUGCAACCUGGAGACCGCCCACCAGACGGCUGUGGUCUACACCAGCAAGAGCCACGGCUCUUUCUUGCAAACCCUGGUACCCACCCUUCUCCUGGUUGGCAUCCUCUGCCACUGUCGUGGUGUUGGCCUGGCACUUACCGCCCUGACGUCCUGGACCCGGCCAUGAUGCGGCCUGGCCGCUUUGACCGUCGGAUUUACAUUGGCCCCCCUGACAUCAAAGGCAGGUCCUCUAUCUUCAAGGUCCAUUUGCGUCCACUGAAGCUGGAUGGGAGCCUCAGCGUGGCGAGGAAGCUGGCGGCCCUCACGCCCAGCUUCACAGGCGCUGCUAUUUCCAGUGUCCGCAGUGAAGCGGCCCUCGUUGCCACCCGCCACCGGAGUCCUUCUGUUCAGAAGCACUUUGCACAGGCCCUCGAGAGGGUCCUGGGAGGUCUUGAGAAGAAGAUGCAGGUCCUGCAGCCCUGUGAGAAGGUGACAGUGGCCUACCACGAGGCUGGCUCUGUGGUGCCGGGCUGGUUCCUGGAGCUCGCGGACCCCCAGCUGAAGGUGUGCCGUUUGCGACGAGGGCGAGGCUGGGGCAGGGGUCCUCGGACCUUCCGCAGCAGCUUCACGGAUGAGGAGGUGCGGGCACUCCUCAGCACCGCCCACGCACGCACCCUGGACCUGCCGUCUCGCUGCCGGGAGCAGGUGGACAAGGUGGGCAGGCAGCUGCUGGAGAAGGAGGUGCUGGAGCGGGCGGACGUGGAGGAGCUCCUGGGCCCCUGGCCCUUCUCUGAUGAGACCACUUACGCGGAGUUCGUGGAAGGCACAGGCGGCCUGGAAGGGGACAUGUCCCUCACCAUGGGGCUAAAGGGCUGGAACCGGGGACAGGCGCGGGACAGCCUGGAGGGUCUUCCGAAAGCAAUGAAAACACACGGUGUUUUUAGCUGAGGGUCUUCUGAGCUGCAGGAUUCCUGCCCCAGAGCACUCUCUCGCUGCUCCUGAGGCAGACGGGAGGGCAGUGGCGGCAACCCACCUGCCCCCUGGGGAGGCCUGAGUGUGGGAACCCCCUGGGCCCCUGAGGAAUCGGGUGGUAGGCUUCUCUGCAGGGCCAGCCGCUUGGUGGGGAAACCUCGCUGCUGGGCCCUGCACUUUAACUGCCCCAGGAGGAGAGGGAGAGGGGGCUUUGGACCAGUUCAGAAACAUCAACUCUCAGGCGUUCCCCUGGAGGCUCAGCGGAAACGAACCUGACUGGCAUCCAUGAGGACUCAGGUUCAGUCCCUGGCCUCGCUCAGUGGGUUAAG